CGCAGCCAGUAGGAAUGCAGAGAAUGUCAGGGCGAGGAGGAUUUGCGUACAAAUCACGUGGGCUUAUACCAACUCGCGAUGGCCUAGCAGAAAGGCGUAAAAGGACACCCGUGUCCAUCGUUGAGUGCUCCGAAAGAAAUCGCCAGAGGACCCCCUGGCAGCUGUACGGUGCGAAGAAAAGUAAAAAGAUGGCGCCCCUCUGGAUUUCCUGCUUUCUUUUGAGCCUCACGAUGGUCGCGGUUUGCGACGACUCGAACACGACGACCGAGCCUCCUGCCGCCACCACCACGACCACCGUUGCGAGUGCCGCCACGGAGAAGGCGUCGCACUGUGAAUGCAAAGUGCACGACGAAACCCGGAGACAAAUGCGGCAUUGCAAACUAAAGUACCAAGCGCCCACCAAAACUCAAGCCCUCAAGGUGCGUAAGGCCGAGCGCCAAGCAUUCAUCAACUGCACGGCCGAGUAUGCCCGGGACAUGCACGCCACCGAGUACGUCGAACGGCUCUUCGACGACGAGUCCUACCGAAAGGAGUUGUACGACUGCUAUUACAAACAACGAAAGGCUACAAUGCUGGAGAGAGGCCUGGCGCCGCAGUUGUCUAACCGAGCGUACAGGAAAUGUCUCGCUGACGCCAUGAAAACCAGCGCCAAGAAAGUCUGAGAGAAUAUGGGGCGCGGGUAGAAAAAUGAGGGGGAAGGGGGGAGGGGACCUUUAUAAUGACUGUUGCACUCGGAGUGGUUUUCUUUCGGAGCCAUGAUGUGACGUGGGCGGCUGACAGCUUGACUUGCAAGGCAGAAGAGACCGCGACCCUUUACGUGGAAAGCAACACCACGUCUAUAGACUCGUCACCCGCACGCUUUAACACGGCAACUUUUCUAUAAAAGCGAAUAUUUUCACAGUUUUAUAGGUAACGGCAGUUUUCUUGACAUUCGUGUGGUGCCGCGCUGAGAUUAUAUAACUUGUAGGCUUAGCUGUGAUCAGCCCUAUUAAGUGCAGCAGCGACUAACAGACCGAUGACGUUCGCAACGUAUAAGAGCAGCAUCACGAAUACCAACGGCUCUCUUAGCUUAGUCUGGUCUUCAUUAUAUUCGGCACAUUUAAAAUACCGAGAACUGCCACUCAUAGUAAGGGAAAAUAAUGAGGGUGCGGCUGUACUUUAAGCGACAGGAAUGUUUCACGGUAAACACUCAGCGACCCUCAUUUGGUCACGUGGCACGAAAUCGCAAGUUCACCUUUGGAUCCUGUUAAGGACGUGCACCAACACGCUAAAUUUAAUAAACGCUAUGAGAAACAAAAAGCUAGGUUUUUCCUCAUGAUAUAAACGCACGCAACCAUAACGUGAGCUUGUGCACUUGCAGACCGAUUACACGUGCACGCGCAGGCAGAGUAGCUUUCUAUAGAUAUGGUUAGCGCACCGCCAGGGAGUUCGUCCUGAAAUGGGAGCACUUACUAUGCGCCCUAUCAACGGCAUUUGCAAAUAUGAAGGGUAAUUGAUGCAUGAAGCAACAUUCGCUUCUCAUUUGCAUUAGCACGCAUUAUGGGUACGCCUUCGUAAAGCGAGUUGUAUGCAGUCGUCAUGCAAAGGUGAACCCGUUGAAACGUCGCGUGGGUGGUGAGUGCUACCUACGGUAGAAGCACCGAGUUGACAGCAAAAACGAAACGUAAUAAACUGCACUAGAGGU